AGUAGGGAAAGGUGGAAGCCAUAAGAAAGAUUAGGUUCCUGGCGCAUUAUCUGCACCUGAGCAGUAAACGCCUUAUCCUGAGUAUUUUGGUUAGGAAAUCGACCUUUUCGCACAAUUUGAUUUUCGUGCAGGUGGAGAGCAGGGUGUAUGCGGGGUUCUUUCUCUUUUCCUUCCCAAUUCCCGUGAGGAGGAGGAGAAGGAGGAGGAGGAGGAGGACGCCACUGCUGCUACGCCAAUUCAUUUGCCUGAAACUCGUGUUUUGCAUAACAAGAGAAAGGUGUGCGUCGUGCAUGCCCGGGGACAAGUGCUGAGCAGCGGGGGAGGAGGCUUCUCCGGCAAGUAGCAUGCAUGGCUGGGAGCUCCGUUAAGAUGCAACCUGCGUGUGACAGGGCCGACUCGCUGCUCCAUGACCGUAACGCCACAGACACCAGAGGCCAGGAGCAGCAAGUGCAGUUGCGGCAGAAGCUGAGGGAACUACCGACGCUGCUCCGGAGUGGACUCACGCUGCGGAGAAAACGCUCAGACGGCGGAGGCCGGAUUGUAUCUAGGAGAAUUUCAAAUCCUUAUGUGGAAAAUCCUCCUAAUAAGAUUUAUGGAGAGGAUGCCUUGUGUGCUGGAAGAGCUCUCAGAAAUUUUUUUCUGUUACAAGCUUCUGCUCUGAUAAAAGAUAGAAUGUCUCUGACAGGGCUUUGCAGGCAAAGUUGCAUUGGAUCUGAACUGGUAGACUGGCUUUUGAAGUGCUGUACAUUCAUUAAUAGCAGAUCUACCGCAGCUGGUAUCUGGCAGCUACUAUUAAAUAUGGGAAUUGUGUUUACAGUGGAUAAGCAGAUAUAUUUUCUAGACAGGUAUGUUUUCUACCAGUUCUCAUCUGAUGAAUGCACAUACCUAUUCUGUGAAUAUGAAGGAGAAAAAGGAUGGAAAAAUGGUGUGAAAUUUCUACUGAAGAUGGUGCCUGCUACUUCUCCAAGCAUGAAUACGUGUAAGCUGGAUAACAGAAGAAUAGAAGAAACAGCUGAAAGCAAUGCAGAAAUUCUUGCUCGUCUCACAGCAGCAAUGCAGAGAGAACUGGCAACUGUUCUGGCUAUGAAAGCAAGAAAAUCAGCAAUGAAUCAAAGUUAUGACAUCUGCAGUGGAGAGGCAACAGUGCAUAAACCGUCGAAGGAUAUCUGUGAUGCACAGGCAGGAAUUAUGUGCAAGCUUCAAGAACGAGAAGAUGUUGGGCACAUCGAACUUGUCCAGAAAUUUGCAAAAGAAAAUGGUCAUGUUCCACAGGCAAACAAAAGAGAACCAGGGAAUAUAGACCAGCCGGAUGAUGAAGUGACCACUGUUCAAGUGAAGGAACUGGACCAAGAUGUGCUGGUGCUUAGGAGAGUGUUGUCACAGAGCCCAACCCCCAUAUCUGGGAGUGCCGAGAAUGAUUGGAGAUAUGUUGUGGUGUCAGGGACACCAGAGAAGAUUUUGGAGCAUCUCCUGAAUGACUUGCACCUGGAAGAAGUACAGGACAAAGACACAGAAACUCUUCUGGAUGACUUCCUCCUUACAUAUACAGUCUUCAUGACAACAGAUGACUUGUGUCAAGCUCUGCUGAGACAUUAUUGUGCUAAGAACCAUCAGGACAAGGAUGAAAUUGUUGAUAUUCCCUGCAGAAAGAGAAAAGUCUUGCAUUUGGUGUCACAGUGGACUUCACUGUACAAAGACUGGUUGCAUGAAGAUGAACAUUUAAAGCAGUUUCUUAAGACAAUAUAUAGAAAUGUGUUAGAUGAUGUGUAUGAAUACCCUAUAUUGGAGAAAGACCUGAAAGAAUUUCAGAAAUUACUUGGAAUGCAUCGUCGUCACACAGUAGAUGAAUAUUCACCUCACAGAAAGCAUAAAGCCAUUUUACAUCAAUACAGCCUCAAGCAGAACUGGCUUCAGACCAGAGAAUCUGUGAAUGAAACAGAAGAAGUUUUUUGCCGUGUGUAUAUAACACAACAUUCUUACAUCAGUAUAAAAACUAAAUUAUCCAGUUCAGUUCAAGAGAUAUUGAAAAUUGUAGCAGAGAAGCUCCAACAUUCUCAGGAAGAUCUGGCUCUAGUGGCGCUUUCAUUCUCUAAUGAAAAACAUGAAUUACGACCAUAUGAUCUAGCAAUCUCCAAAUCUCUUGAGUUAUCUGCUCGUAUGUUUGUAUUUCGAAAGGAUCUGGCAGAUACCUUGAUCCCUUUUACUGAAAAUGAGGAAAUCCACCAAGGAUCAAUGAAAAUUCUGGGGAUUAACACCUGGGACCUUGCUUUAGAAUUAACAGUUUUUGACUGGAAUCUUUUCAAUUUGGUUCAUGAACAAGAACUGAUAUAUUUCACCUUCAGCCGACAAGGAAAUGGGAAAAACACUGUGAAUCUUAGUCUUCUGCUUCAAAGAUGCAAUGAAGUUCAACUUUGGGUUGCCACAGAAAUACUACUCUGCAACCAGCUCUGUAAACGUGUACAGCUAGUGAAAAAGUUCAUUAAAAUUGCUGCUCACUGCAAAGCCCAGCGAAAUCUGAAUUCAUUUUUUGCCAUUGUCAUGGGGCUCAACACUGCCUCUAUCAGCCGGCUUUCUCAAACAUGGGAGAGAAUGCCUGGAAAGUUUAAGAAGCUCUUUGCUGAACUUGAAAGUUUGACAGAUCCCUCUCUGAACCACAAAGUCUAUAGGGAUGCAUUCAAGAAAAUGAAGUCCCCAAAGAUCCCCUUCAUGCCUUUACUCCUUAAAGAUGUAACAUUUAUACAUGAAGGAAACAAAACAUUUCUGGAUAACCUUGUAAAUUUUGAAAAGCUGCACAUGAUUGCAGACACAGUCCGAUCACUGAGGCAUUGUAGGUGUAACCAAUUUGGAAAUGAUAUACCUUCCAAAGAACAUGAGGAAUUGAAGUCCUAUGUCCAUCAUUUGCAUAUCAUUGACAACCAGCAGAUGUUAUUUGAGCUUUCUCACAGGAUAGAACCUCGUAUAUGAAUUCAUACUUACAUAAUUCCAGCACUUUCAGUUCAGUGAAUAUUUAUGUGCCAAGUAUCUUGUUUUCCUAAGUAAUUGAUGAUUACUGAGUUUUAUCAGUAAUUGGUGCCACAGUACAUGUUGGCCUCUCAUGCAAAGCAAGAGGAAAUAAUCUUCACAACAACCUUACAAGACGAAAAAUGCCAAAUCUACUUAGCUACAGAGUGAAGAAAUGAUUCGCCAUAUUGAAAAGCUUGUUUUUCUUGAUUUUUUUUUGUUCAAAUAGCUUUCAGUCCCAACUCAGUGUUAAAUUGAAAUAAAAUGUUCUACCCUUAUAAGGGUCUAGCACAGUGGUGGGUUCUAACCGGCUUUACUACAGGUUCUCUUUGUGCACGUGCUUCAUGCGCAAUCGUCUCUUGCGAUCGCAAGAGGGUGUUACGAAUCUGCACAGCUGAGGUGCGGCACCUCUCAGCUGGGCUAAAAAAGAAGAAAUAAAAGGUAGGAAUAACGCGGGGGCGGGCGGAAGGGCCCAGCUUCCAAAGAAAGAGAACUGGUUCGGUGAUGUUAUAUCAUCACCGCUACUGGCUCGGCCGAACCAGGAGGAACCCACCACUGGUCUAGCAGCACUGUUUUGAGAAAAGAUGUUCAUAAUUUGGCACAUGGGGAUAUACCUCACUAAUCAUAAGCUGCCCUAAAGUAUUGACUGUGGUGCCAAAAAAAAGUAGUAGGGCAGGUAUUGAUGAACUAUCCCCAAGAUAUGUGCUGGCAUCCACUUCAAGCUUAAAGAAAGACAAAUUGUUAGAAUAUAGAUACCCAAUAGAAUUUAACAAAAUGUAAAAUUUAAAACAAGCAUAGUUAAUACUUGAUUUAACAUCUUGUACAGUAUUUCAAAAUGUGCUGCCUAAUAAAGCAAAAUGUCACAGCAUCAAUUAUGGUAAUCUAUGAUGUGCUUUCAUGCUGGAUUAGAAUUUAGAGCACUCUGCCUUUAAUACUUCUUAUGGGUAAUUCUUUUUAAACUUUAGAACCACUUCAGUUUUUUGGUCCUUUCCUUGGUACCGGAAUGCUAUUAGAAGCAAGCAUGUCCUGCCUAUAGCUUUAUUUCAAAUGAAUAUAGUUUGUUUUACUUCUCUGUUCACUUCACUGUGCUAUUACUAAUUACUCUUAUCUUCAGACUGGUGCAAGUUUAUUGCAGAACAGUACUAAAUUGGUAAAGAAGAACCUAUCAUAUUGUGGGGCUGUUGUUUGCAACUCGAAAAACUACAGUGGAAUCCUCAGAAUUACUUUUUUUAAAAAUGAAAGUAACUGCCCACUGCCAUUAUUAAGGUUUAAAGUGGUAAUAAUUACUAGCUAUUAAAUCUGAUCUUAUUUAUAAAUCAUAAACAUAAUUUGCAAAUAAAAAUGAAAAAAGUUCAUACAACGUAUUAAGCCAAAUUCAUGAAUCUGACCAUAGAGGAAUUAUACUUUAAGAAACAGACAUAUUGUUGUUUUUUCCUUGCAAGGUUAAAGGCUGAGAUUGAAUUCUAAUUUACAAGAUGAGGAGGACUCUACCAUAACAGAACUUUCAUUGGAAAUGAAAUGGAUGAUUCUUAAAGUCUGUCAGAAAAAAAAAUAUGUUAGCAUUCUUUCAUCAAGGGGCAAUUACAAAAGAGAGUAUGUGAAGAUUUGGGGGUUUCAUACUGACAGCAGACUUUCAUUCACAUUCCUGUAAGGAUGAGUUAUGCUGUCAAAUCACAGCCUAAUGGAGCACAGAAAACUAAACUCUUGAUUUCACGAGUAAUACUUUCUAGCAACUUGUAUGACACUUGCAUAACUAUUUUAAUCAGCAUAUUCAUUCUGGAUGCAUCAUGGUAAUCUAUGAUUUUUUUAAAAAAAAAAAGUUUUCCGAAGAGAAAGAUUUAAAACCUGUGCAACAAAUAUGUGAGACAAUCACAUAUUUGUUGCAAUGUAUUUGAAUGUAAUUUGAACAUGUGACUUAGAAGUGAAAGCUUUGGUGUAAUAAUUCUUGUGCCUCAGUUUUCAUGUUGAGAUAUCAAAACUAGGCUUACAUUCUUGAAAACAUGUUUGCAAUUUGUUCCUCUCUUCAGAAUGUCUUCUUUAUCCCUCUAUUAAGUAUUCUCAAGAAAUUGCCUAAGAAAUGCAGUAUAAAUAGAAUGUAUUCCACUCUGUAAAUGGAAUGCAUUUCACUGUGAAAAUCUAUUUAUAUGCAGCUUUAUACAAAAUAGACUUUUAUAGUAUCACAGGACCAUACUGAUUGACAAGAAAGGCUAUGUUAAAAAUUAGGCCUCCCUUUUGAAAACAUCUGAAUUAUUUUCUUUGUUGUACUGCCUUAGAUCACAUUUAUUCAAGAACUUUUCUACACGAGAUCCUUCAUAGAAGAUUGACUGUUGUUGGCAGACAAAAUCUGUUUUAAGAGAUAAGGAAUGCUUUUUGUUUGCAAUGAAGUAGAAUGUUUUUCCAUUAGAUUUGGCUUUUAAUAAAAUUGAAAAUCCUGUACAGGUAUAAUAUAAAGAGAACAAUGUACAUUUCUGAACUUACUAUACUGGUUAUCCAAUGUCUUCUGGGAAUUAUUUGAUAGAAAUUAUAUUAUUUUCUAAGGUAGUUGAACAAAUUAGAAACAGCAUAGACAAAUUAUUUAUUUUCAGGAUGUUUUUUUUUAUAGCAACUUAGCUGAAGAAGCAGUAUGUUUGUUAAUUGCAGAGUAACUGUUUGGUUUGGCAGUAGGAGUUGUAGUAAAAAUAUGUUAUAAGCUUUAUUUUUAUCCACACACAAAAAUAGCAUUUGCAGUUGGAGAAGUCUCAAUUGUUGUAAAUAAACUUUCUUUGCGCACAAACAAACCACACCUUUAGGAAUGGAAUUGAACAUUUUGAGAAAAGGCAUUGCAAUUUGUUUUGUUUCAUAACCACUAAAAGGUAUAUUUGGAGGGAAGAAUUAGAGCUUUUGUUUAAUUCAUAUAUUAGGAUGAGCCUCUGUUAAGUGUUUGAGUUUAAACCUAUAAAAUAAAAUUUCUACAUUUGUAGUUCUAGAAUAAACGUAACUGGAAAAGGUAAGAUUUGCAGGGAAGAAUUAGUAGAUUAAAAAACUAAUGAUGUGUAACACGAAGUGGCUGGUUCUUAUUUUUAGAUAUUGUCUUGCCUUUACAGAUCCAUUAACAGCUUCAUAUAAUUGCGUCUUUAGACUACAAAAGAUUAAUAGGAAUUCAAAUCUGGCUUUUCUGUUUUGCUAUCAUUCUGAAACCUGUUUACUGCUUUUAAUGAGCAAGCUUAAUGUUUAGUGAAGUAAACCAAAAACUGGACAUUUUUCAAACCUCGUGAGCUGGACUAUCUGGUGCAAGAUGUUGUAAGCAGCAUUACUUGAGUUCUUCAUUUCAGUGGCCUCUUGGUCAUUAUUUAGCCAAAUUCAGAAUUAUGAGCCAAAUAUUUCCUAAGAGUAAGCUAUGGUUAUCACUUGGGUCUCAUUUUACCUAUGCAAGACUAUAUAGCAGUCAACUGGACUUUAGGUAAUUUAAGCUUUAUUAAAACAAGGGAAAACAAAUAUAUUGAUUUAGGGCAAUAUUACCUGCUAUACAGUGGAGUUUUUUUUAGUCCAGUAACUUCAUUUAUUACUUUAGAGCUAAAUAACUAGAUAAUUGUAUUUCUGUGGAAGUACAUUCUGACUGUAGUUUGUAAAAAUGAACAAUUUUCUCUCCAAGAUUAUGUUCAGGAAAAAAAGAACACAAUUUGCCACAAUUUGGGGACUCUGGAACAGAAGCCAGAUAUGUAGUAUAUAAUCUCCAUUUUAUCCUACCCCUGAUACAUUCAUGUAACUCCUGAAAGGAGGCCAACGUUAAGACAAUGACUGAGUCAGCCUUGAGAUCGUUAAGAUAUACUGUUGUCAUAACAAAGAAACAGUCCCUGCAUUGAGUCUUUUAUGUUCACUCCAAGUCUUGCUGGCUUCAGAAGAAGAUUAGAAUCAAAAUUAUACAGUCUUAUCUUACGCUUUAGAGUAAACUCCAGUGAACACAAUGUUCCUCAAUAAACUUGCAUAGGAUUGCAGUAUAAAUUGAAGUGACUCUUGGUCCCCAAACUGUAAAAGCUAUAUGCCCCAUAAGAGGAGCACAAGUAGCAAUUUUAAAAAGUGGGGGGUGGGGGAGAUAAACUCUAGAAAUAUCUAUACAAACAAAAAGGCACCGUUGCAGAAUAGUGUAAGACCUUUUGGAGUGUAUUGAGCGCUAUAAAUGAACAUUUGGAUGACUGUAAAAAAGCAAACAAGUUGUAAAUACUAACCUUUGUAGCAAUUACUAUUUAUUUGCAUAGCCUAUUUAUUAUGUUCUUUUUACAUUGUUAGGAACAAAGGCACUCUCGAGAUAAAAAGAAAAGGCUACUUACAUCUCUGCUGCACAGGUUUGGAUAAUUGUGAUGGCACUAUAAGAUAAAACUGUUGGCUGCUACUAGUAGUUGCUUGUAUUUUUGCAGCCCUGGUUGGUUUAAUUCUUCCCAUUUUAGUCUCUCCAGAUCAUUGUUUUUCAAUCUGCAUUAUAGGUAACAGAAAGAUUGUCCAAGCUAAGGUUAUUUGCCUAACUUCUCAGGGACAUACUUGUACUUAUCUAACAUUAUCAGCAUAUAUAAAAUACUCUGGUUUAACAAGAAUACAGUUGGCAAUGGAGACUUUUACAAGUUCAAUUGUUUUGAUUUCUGUAUAUAUCAUUGUUUAGCAUAUUUAUGAGAGCUAGCAAGCAAUAAUUUGUAUCUUAGAAUAAUAAGCAAUACAAAAAUAAAACUUGUAAAAGCAAAAUGUUACACUUAAAACUUUUUUUGAUAUGCUUUUCAAAAUACAAAUGAUAUUAACAAA